AUGCACCGCGAUCUUGCACUGUCCAUUGAUCUGCAGCUUCACGCGUUUCGGGAUGCGAUGGCUUACUUCGAGGUCUGUGUGCGACCCUUUCUCGUUGGCUGCGCGAUUCCGAAUCAGCCACGCCCGCUCAAUGAAGCCGAGUGGGCGCAGCUGCCGCGCAUCAUGCAGCAUGCCUUGGUCUAUGCCGUCAGCAGCCACCGCGUGUCGCGCGGGCAAGCCGAGGGGGAGAUGGGUAAGGUGGUGCUGCGGCGCCUGCAUGAGCACCGUGGUCGAGCGCUGGCGCUCUUGCGUGGUCAUCUUGGACUUUUGGAGGAAGGUGAAGAGGAGGAGGACGCGGGGACGUGGACGCAACCUAAACAGGGAGCAAUACAGCUUGGUGGUAAGGCUAAGUGGAGGGCACCCGGGUGGUCGGGGCUGGUGUUGAUAACGAUGAUGUUGGGGAAUGAGGUUCAGCUGUCCGCUUUCGGAAAACAGGGCUGGAAGUGGCAUUUCGAGGCGGCAUGGAAGUGUGUUGAUAUGCUGGACGGCGGGCUGCGUGGCGGUCCGCCGGGUCUGGGUGGGGAGAGAUUGGCAGCUCUGGAGAAGAGUUACAAGCAUGGAAUUGAGCCGGAGUUGGCGUGCACGUACCUGUUGCAAAUCGAGGUGCUCAGUGCAACCACGACUCCGAUAUGGAAAUUGGAACGGAGGGAGGGUGUCAGGGAGGCAUUGGGUGAAGGCAUUCUGGAAGGAUUGGAGGAUCGCAUUCUGAUCAGUUCGUGCCCCUGUCCGCUGUCAGUCCUGAGGGCGCUGGCAGAGAUCAACGAUCUGAGGAUAGGGCUGUAUCGGCGCAGAUACGAAACAGUCGCCAUCCCAGACGACUUGAUGGGAUGCGGAAGCGAGGAGGUGUCGAAACGACUUUGGGACAUACUGACGACGCUGCUCUGCUUUGACGCCAACGCGUGGGCCAACCAAGUGUACGAACGGCACUACACAAAGCUCCCACCGUCAUCGGACGCCCUUACGCCUCGAGAUACGUGGCAGCACUACUGGGCCACGGCGGCAAGAUGCUAUCACUCCGCAGCUGUGGUCUAUCUCGUCCGCGCCUUCCAGUCGAACCACCUGAAAUCACCGCUACUACGAGAGUGCGCUGAAACGACCGCAGUCCUCCUGGACGAGCAUCGACAGACGCUAUCGGACGGCCUCAAAUUCUUGACAGAGGACUCUAGCGCAGCUGACCCCGUUGAGCGCGCACCAAGACUCUGGCGCUUCAUUUCAUGGCCUUUGUUCGUGGAUGCGUACAAUGCGGUUUCCUGGCCUGAUGUCGGCGGCUUGGUAGAUCUGGGCAAGAUGAGGAUUGACCGUCUCACGACUCUUGGCCGUCACAUGGGCGUCAACGCCAUGCUGGACGCUGUCGUUGCACUAGAGGAGGUUCAGUUUGGCAGGAAGCACACAUGGUCAUGGCAGUGGGAUGACGGCUUUCAGGACCGAUGUAUCUUCGCCCUUUGA